UUUCCAAGCCCAAAGGCCCAUCCUCCCCCAUGACGGAGCACGUGCGACUCACACCGGAUCUAUGACCGUGUCUCUCCGAGUCUGAGCCUCUCAGGCUCAAGAUCUACGAGAGCUGCCGCUUCCUCUCAUCCCUCUCCCUCUUUGUUUCUCUCUGUUGAGCUUCACAGUUUAACGAUCACCGUUUCCGACUCCUCACACUUUUGCGGAAGCGAGAGCUUCCGAGAUGGCUUUCAUGGCGGUCUUGGAAUCCGACCUUCGCGCCCUCUCCGCUGAAGCCCGCCGUCGCUAUCCGGCUGUUAAAGACGGCGCCGAACACGCAAUCCUCAAGCUUCGUUCAUUGUCAAGUCCUAGUGAGAUUGCGCAUAAUGAGGACAUAUUACGGAUAUUUUUGAUGGCAUGUGAAGUCCGAACAGUGAAGCUUAGUGUUAUUGGACUUUCUUGUCUGCAGAAACUGAUAUCUCAUGAUGCUGUUUUGCCAUCAGCUCUGAGAGAGAUUUUAGCUACACUGAAAAAUCAUGCUGAGAUGGCAGAUGAGGGAGUUCAGCUCAAGACCCUUCAAACAAUAUCAAUAAUAUUUCAGUCACGUUUACAUCCUGAAAAUGAGGAUACCAUGUCCCAAGCUCUUGGUAUCUGUCUCAGGCUUCUUGAAAACACUCGAUCUUCUGAUAGUGUGCGAAAUACUGCGGCCGCUACCUUUAGGCAAGCGGUGGCCUUGAUUUUUGAUCGAGUAGUUUUGGCAGAGUCGCUUCCUGCUGGCAAAUUUGGUUUUGGAGGUCAGCUAUCUAGGACAAGUUCAGUUACCGGUGAUGUUAACCGUAGCAUCAAUCUAUCCGACUCAUUAGACUGUGAAUCAAUAUCUGGAGGGCCGCCAUCAAUGAGGGGGACCUUAACUGAAACUGGAAGACUUGGUCUGCGCUUGCUAGAAGACCUGACGUCUCUUGCCGCAGGUGGAUCUGCAGCGUGGUUACGCGUUAACAUUCUUCCAAGGACAUUUGCACUUGAUAUUAUAGAGUUCAUAUUGUCCAAUUAUGUUGCUGUUUUCAGAAUCUUACUACCCUAUGAGCAGGCUUUAAGAAGGCAGAUAUGUUCACUCCUGAUGACUUCCCUUCGUACCAAUGCAGAGCUGGAAGGAGAAGCCGGUGAACCUAUUUUUCGCCGUUUGGUCUUGCGCUCAGUUGCUCAUAUUAUUAGGCUUUAUAGUUCUUCCCUCAUCACUGAAUGUGAGGUAUUUCUCAGUAUGUUAUUGAAGGUUACCUUUCUUGACUUGCCACUAUGGCAUCGAAUUCUUGUUCUUGAGAUUUUGAGGGGAUUUUGUGUUGAGGCACGGACCUUGCGAAUUCUUUUCCAAAAUUUUGAUAUGCACCCAAAAAAUACAAAUGUUGUGGAGGGAAUGGUCAAAGCUCUUGCUAGAGUUGUUUCAAGUGUACAGGUUCAAGAAUCAAGUGAGGAGAGCCUGGCAGCUGUUGCAGGGAUGUUUAGUAGCAAAGCCAAAGGGAUUGAAUGGAGUCUCGAUAAUGAUGCUUCCAAUGCUGCAGUCUUAGUUGCCAGUGAAGCACAUGCCAUAACUUUAGCAGUAGAAGGCCUACUAGGGGUCGUCUUCACUGUUGCAACGUUAACUGAUGAAGCCAUGGAUGUUGGGGAGCUUGAGUCCCCUAGAUGUGACAGUGACCCACCAGCAAAGUGGACUGGUAAAACUGCAGUUCUCUGCAUUUCAAUGGUUGACUCACUGUGGUUGACAAUACUUGAUGCAUUGUCCCUUAUUCUAUCAAGGUCACAAGGAGAGGCUAUUGUAUUGGAAAUAUUAAAGGGAUAUCAGGCAUUACAGGCUUGUGGGAUUCUCCGAGCUGUAGAGCCCUUAAACUCAUUUCUUGCAUCCCUUUGCAAGUUUACUAUCAAUUUUCCAGCUGAAACAGAAAGAAAGAGUGCUUUGCCAUCUCCGGCAUCAAAACGGUCCGAACUAUCAGUUGAACAGAGGGAAAGCAUAGUGCUUACUCCCAAGAAUGUACAGGCUUUGAGAACUCUCUUCAACAUUGCUCACCGACUGCAUAAUGUUUUGGGCCCAUCAUGGGUUUUGGUGUUGGAAACUCUAGCGGCUUUAGAUCGAGCGAUUAAUUCCCCACAUGCCACUGCCCAGGAGGUUUCUACUCCUGUCCAAAAGUUUACAAGAGAGCUGUCAGCCCAAUACAGUGACUUCAAUAUACUCUCUUCCUUAAAUUCUCAGCUUUUUGAGAGUUCUGCUUUGAUGCAUAUUUCUGCUGUGAAGUCCCUCCUCUCUGCUUUAUGUCAACUUUCACAUCAAUGCAUGUCUGCUUCAAGUGUUUUGGGACCAACUGCAAGUCAAAAAAUUGGAAGCAUAAGCUUUUCAGUGGAGAGAAUAAUAUCCAUCAUUGUGAAUAAUGCUCACAGUAUGUAACUUCAGUAACCAUUUAUUCUAAAUUAUCUUUUAUAUAAUAUUUUUUUUCUUUUUUUUUGUGUGUUUUUCCAGCUUGCUGAUAAUCCUAAUCCACAUUUGAAAAAUAUGGCACUUGAUGCACUUGAUCAAUCAAUAUCUGCUGUGUUAGGUUCUGACCAAUUCCAUGACUACAAACAAUCCAAAUCUCUUGAAAAUCCUGAGAAAAUGGAAGUCACUCUUGAUAGGUUGAGGUCUCUGGAAAUUUCAGUCGUAUCUCCUCUAAAGGUUCUUUAUUUUUCUACUCAAAGCGUAGAUGUUCGUGUUGGGUCUUUGAAAAUUCUUUUGCAUGUCUUAGAGAGACAUGGAGAAAAACUUCAUUACAGCUGGUCUAAUAUACUAGAAAUGUUGAGGUAUGUAGCUGAUGCUUCAGAGAAAGACCUUGUUACUCUUGGUUUCCAGAAUCUACGGGUGAUAAUGAAUGAUGGACUCUCCACCUUACCUGCAGAAUGCCUUCAAGUGUGUAUUGAUGUGACUGGAGCAUACAGUGCUCAGAAGACAGAAUUGAAUAUAAGCUUGACUGCCGUUGGCCUUCUGUGGACUAUGACUGAUUUCAUUGCAAAGGGCCUUGUCAAUGGACCUUUAGAAGAAAUUGAAACAGGUGUUGGUUCCAUAGUUAAGCAGGUAGACAGUGAAAAGAUGGAGGGUGAAACUCAUAGUAUUUCUUAUAAUGUGAGAGAACACGCUUCAUAUAUAGAUGAUAUUGAUUGUGAGAGGCUCCUUUUCUCUGUUUUCUCGUUACUUCAAAACCUUGGGGCUGAUGAGAGACCAGAGGUGAGGAACUCUGCUGUCAGGACACUUUUCCAAACAUUAGGAACUCAUGGCCAAAAGCUCUCCGAAAGCAUGUGGGAAGAAUGCCUUUGGAAUUAUGUAUUUCCUACAUUAGAUCGUGCAUCUCACAUGGCUGCAACUUCGUCUAAAGAUGAAUCACGAGGGAAAGAACUUGGAACUCGAGGAGGAAAAGCAGUUCACAUGCUCAUACAUCAUAGUCGUAACACAGCUCAAAAGCAGUGGGAUGAAACUCUCGUGCUGGUUCUUGGUGGAAUAGCACGUAUAUUACGGUUAUUCUUUCCCUUUUUCAAAACCUUAAGUAACUUCUGGUCUGGCUGGGAAUCAUUGCUUCAAUUUGUUGAGAAUAGUAUUGUUAAUGGAAGUAAAGAGGUAGCCCUUGCAGCAAUAAAUUGUUUGCAGACAACUGUUACCUCCCAUUCAUUGAAGGGACAUAUGCCAAUGCCUUACCUUAUUUCAGUGAUUGAUGUUUAUGAGCUUGUUCUGAAAAAGCCAUCCAAUUAUGGUGGCUCUGCCCCUGAUAAGGUGAAGCAGGAGAUUUUGCAUGGUCUUGGUGAGCUGUAUGUUCAAGCUCAAGGAUUAUUUAAUAAUGUCAUGUACACCCAGUUGAUAGCUAUCAUAGAUUUGUCUGUGAAGCAAGCCAUGUUGACCAAUGAUAACUUCGAAACAGAAUUUGUGAGUUCAUUAAUCUUCUAAUGAAUGUGGCGGACAAUACUGGAGAUCUUACCACUAUUACGUCCAACAGAGCAUAUUUCUUCUAUGUGGCUUGUUCUUCUUCGAGAGUUUCUGCAGUAUCUUCCAAGACCAGAUUCUCAUAUGCAGAAUGAGGAUGGUAAAAUAGAUCAAUCUAGAGAUUCUCAGACAAACCAUGAAGCACCUAAUGGCACUACAAUAACACCUAAUAAAGUAGCGGUAUCUCCAGGUUCUGGAUCUACUGCAGCAACAAAUUCACGCAUUCCUAGUUAUAUAUUUGCAGAAAAGCUAGUUCCCGUGCUGGUAGAUCUUUUUCUGCAGGCACCUGCUCUUGAGAAGUAUAUUAUUUACCCUGAAAUUAUUCAAAGCCUUGGAAGAUGUAUGACAACAAGAAGAGACAAUCCUGAUAGUGCACUUUGGAGGUUAGGUGUUCAAGCAUUCAACCGUAUUGUUGUUGACUACGUCAGCAAAUUAACCAAUGGUGAUCCAGAAACAACUAUGAACAAACCUGCCAAGACACGUGUAUGGAAAGAAAUGGCAGAUGUUUAUGAAAUAUUCCUUGUUGGAUAUUGUGGACGAGCUCUUCCCUCGAAUUCCCUCUCAUCAGUGGUGUUAGAGGCUGAUGAGUCCCUUGAGAUGUCCAUCUUAGAUAUUCUUGGUGACAAGGUCCUUAAGUCACCAAUUGAUGCCCCUACAGAAGUUUUGCAGCGACUAGUCUCUACUCUAGACCGUUGUGCAUCACGCACGUGCUCAUUACCUGUGGAGACAGUAGAGCUCAUGCCUCCACACUGCAGUAGAUUUUCCUUGACUUGUUUACAAAAGUUAUUUUCCUUGAGCAGUUAUUCUCAUGAAGUUGACUGGAAUACUACCAGAUCUGAAGUAAGCAAAACCUCUAUUACAGUGCUUGUGACCAGAUGUGAUUACAUCUUGAGCCGGUUUCUGGCAGAUGAAAUUGGCCUUGGUGAGUAUCCUUUACCCAAAGCAAGACUUGAAGAAUCUAUUUUCGUCCUUCAAGAACUGGCACGUCUUCUUGUUCAUCCAGAAGCAGCAUCUGUUCUCUCCUUAAAGCCACGUUUGGGAAGUGCCAUAGAAGAGAACAAGGAGAACGAUGAGAACCGCUCCCAUCUCUUUGUGCUAUUACCUUCCUUUUGUGAGCUUGUUACAUCAAGGGAAUUAAGAAUACGGGAGCUAGUACGAAUAUUGCUUCGAUUAAUAGCCAGGGAAUUGGCUCUGGAAAAGCUCAGUUUAGCUGAAAACAAUACUUCCAUACGACGGCACCCUUAAGUUUGUUUACUUCAAAAGUUUUAAGCUUCCAUGGAUUUUAUUACAUUUUGUGUUUAUCGCGCCUCCCUUUAUCCUCUUGUCUAUUGUAAAUUUUUCUGUAGACUAGGCUAGAACUAUCUAUAGGGAUCAGGAAAUAGAAGUUUGCAUUUUUUCUAUACCCUUGUCAUGAAGUGUGGUUAACCCUACUGUCCCAGCUUCAUUAUCUACAUCCCCACCGAACAAGUCAACAAGGGACGCUGAGUGUCAUGUGGUAUAUACAACCGGAUUUCUAAAGAGGCAGAAACAGCAUAAGGGUAGGAAGCAUAAUCUGUGUGACGGAUCCUACGAGCAGGAUCUACAUUCCCCUUGCCAAUUUUGUUGUACUACAUCUGGAAUAGCGAGUCUAACAUUGAGCGAAAGCUUUUUAUUUUUCUUUUUUAAAUUUUUUCGCCUUAGAGCUUUUUUGUUUUGUCAAUUAUUUUUAUUAUUAUUAUUAUUUUGGAAAUGGAGAGGAGGGAAAAAGGGGAAGUAGUGCUUUCGGCUUUGUUAUUUUCAAGCUGUCGAAAAUAUGUAUAUCAGAUAAAUUUUCAUACUAGCGGAUACAUUUAUUUAUAUAAA